CCGGCCCAAGAUGGCGGCGGCGCUGGAGGCCCCGGGCCUGUGACCACAAAGAGGGAGCCGGGGGCCGGACGGGAGCGCGGCGGCGGCGGCGGCGGCGGCUGAGGCCCAGGCCAGGCCCCCCUCCCCUCAGCCUCCCGCCCGCCCGCCCGCCCGCCCUGCUCCGCCCGCCCGCCCCGCCCCCGCCGGCGGCGCCCCGCCCCUCCCCCAACCGCCCGACUAGCAUGGUGCGGCGGCCGCGCGCGCGGACAUGGGGGAGAAGCUGGAGCUGAGGCUCAAGUCGCCCGUGGGGGCCGAGCCCGCCGUCUACCCGUGGCCGCUGCCGGUCUACGACAAACACCAUGAUGCUGCUCAUGAAAUCAUCGAGACCAUCCGAUGGGUCUGUGAAGAAAUCCCAGAUCUCAAGCUUGCUAUGGAGAACUACGUUUUAAUCGACUACGACACCAAAAGCUUCGAAAGCAUGCAGAGGCUCUGUGACAAGUACAACCGGGCCAUCGACAGCAUCCACCAGCUGUGGAAGGGCACCACGCAGCCCAUGAAGCUGAACACGCGGCCGUCCACGGGGCUCCUGCGCCACAUCCUGCAGCAGGUCUACAACCACUCGGUGACCGACCCGGAGAAGCUCAACAACUACGAGCCCUUCUCGCCGGAGGUGUAUGGGGAGACCUCCUUCGACCUGGUGGCCCAGAUGAUCGACGAGAUCAAGAUGACGGAGGACGACCUGUUCGUGGACCUGGGCAGCGGAGUGGGCCAGGUGGUGCUGCAGGUCGCCGCGGCCACCAACUGCAAACAUCACUACGGAGUCGAGAAAGCCGACAUCCCAGCCAAGUACGCGGAGACCAUGGACCGAGAGUUCAGGAAGUGGAUGAAAUGGUACGGAAAAAAGCAUGCAGAAUACACACUGGAGAGGGGAGAUUUCCUCUCGGAGGAGUGGAGAGAGCGGAUCGCCAACACGAGUGUUAUAUUUGUGAAUAACUUUGCCUUUGGUCCUGAGGUGGAUCACCAGCUGAAGGAGCGGUUCGCAAACAUGAAAGAAGGUGGCAGAAUCGUGUCCUCGAAGCCCUUCGCACCCCUCAACUUCAGAAUAAACAGUAGAAACUUGAGUGACAUCGGCACCAUCAUGCGCGUGGUGGAGCUGUCGCCGCUGAAGGGCUCGGUGUCGUGGACGGGGAAGCCGGUCUCCUACUACCUGCACACCAUUGACCGCACCAUACUUGAAAACUAUUUUUCUAGUUUGAAAAAUCCAAAACUCAGGGAGGAACAAGAGGCAGCUCGGCGCCGGCAGCAGCGGGAAAGCAAGAGCAACACGACCACCCCCACCAAGGUGCCUGAGAGCAAGGCGGCCGUGCCUGCAGACACCCCCGUGGACUCUGGUGCUGAGGAAGAGAAAGCCGGGGCGCCCGCCAUCAAGAAGCCUUCCCCCUCCAAGGCCCGGAAGAAGAAGCUGAACAAAAAGGGCCGCAAGAUGGCCGGCCGCAAGCGCGGGCGCCCCAAGAAGAUGAGCGCCGCCAACCCCGAGCGCAAGCCCAGGAAGACCCAGAGCGCACUGGACCUGCUGCACGCCCAGGCCGUGUCGCGGGCGGCCUCGCCCUCGCCGCAGGACGUGCACAGGCCGCCUCGCAGCCCGUUCUACCAGCUACCUCCCAGCGUGCAGCGGCGCCCCCCCGAGCAGCUGCUGCUGGCCCCCACCCCGCCCGCGCUGCACAAGCUGCUAGAAUCCUUCAAGAUUCAGUACCUACAGUUCCUGGCGUACACGAAGACCCCUCAGUACAAGGCCAACCUGCAACAGCUGCUGGACCAGGAGAAGGAGAAGAACGCCCGGCUGCUGGGCGCCGCGCAGCAGCUCUUCGGCCACUGCCAGGCUCAGAAGGAGGAGAUCAGGAGGCUCUUCCAGCAGAAGCUGGACGAGCUGGGCGUGAAGGCGCUGACCUACAACGACCUGAUCCAGGCGCAGAAGGAGAUCUCCGCGCACAACCAGCAGCUGCGGGAGCAGACGGAGCAGCUGGAGCGGGGCAACCGGGAGCUCAGGAGCCAGAGCCUGCGGCUGCUGAAGGCGCGGUGUGAGGAACUGAAGCUGGACUGGUCCACGCUGUCCCUGGAGAACCUGCUGAAGGAGAAGCAGGCCCUGAAGAGCCAAAUCUCGGAGAAGCAGAGGCACUGCCUGGAACUGCAGAUCAGCAUCGUGGAGCUGGAGAAGAGCCAGCGGCAGCAGGAGCUCCUGCAGCUCAAGUCCUGCGUGCCGCCUGAUGACGCCCUGUCCCUGCACCUGCGCGGGAAGGGUGGCCUGGGCCGGGAGCCGGAGGCCGAGCCCGGGCGGCUGCACCUGGAGCUGGACUGCGCCCGCUUCUCCCUGCCCCACCUGAGCAGCGUGAGCCCGGAGCUGUCCAUCAACGGCCACGCGGCCGGCUACGAGCUCUGCGGCACGCUCGGCCGGCCCUCGCCCAAGCAGAACACGCCCCAGUACCUGGCCUCGCCGCUGGACCAGGAGGUCGUGCCCUGCACCCCCAGCCACGGCAGCCGGCCCAGGCUCGAGAAGCUGUCCGGCCUGGCCCUGCCCGACUACACCAGGCUCUCCCCCGCCAAGCUGGUGCUGAGGCGCCACCUGAGCCAGGACCACGCGGCCGGUGGCAAGGCGGCUGCCGGUGAGCCGCACCCUCGAGCCGAGCACCCCAAGGAGAACGGCCUCCCGUAUCAGAGCCCCGGCAUCGCCAACGGCAUCAAGCUGAGCCCCCAGGACCCUCGGCCCCCGUCCCCCGUGGCCUUGCAGAUGGCGGGAGAGAAGGGCCCUGAGAAGGGCGUGAAGGAGCGCGCCUACGCCAGCAGCGGGGAGGCCAUCACCAGCCUGCCUGUCAGCAUCCCGCUCAGCACCGUGCAGCCCAGCAAGCUGCCCGUCAGCAUCCCCCUGGCCAGCGUGGUGCUGCCCAGCCGCGCCGAGAAGGUGAGAAGCACCCCCAGCCCCGUGCCACAGGCCCGAGAGUCCUCCUCCACGCUGGAGAAGCAGAUGGGUGCUGGCGCCCACGGCGCUGGGGGCAGCACUGCUGGGAGCAAAAGCCUCGCCCUGGCUCCCGCAGGCUUCGCGUACACCGGCGCGGUGGCCAUCAGCGGGGCCCUGGGGGGCAGCCCGGCCCCGCUCGCUCCUGGAGCGGAGCCCCCCACCCUGGACGAGUCUUCCAGCUCCGGGAGCCUCUUUGCCACCGUGGGGUCCCGCAGCUCCACCCCGCAGCAUCCGCCGCUGCUGGCGCAGCCCCGCGCCUGUGGCUCCGCCUCGCCCGCGCCCCCGCUCUGCACCAGUCCGCGGCUCGGCCCCCAGGGCCCGCUCCCCGAGGCCGGCAAAGGGGACCUGCCCCCCGAGGCCGCUGCCUCGGACCCCGAGAGCGAGGCCAGGCGGAGGAUCAUCUUCACCAUCUCGGCCAGCGCCAGCAGUGCCAGGCAGUCGCCGUCCAGCAAGCACAGCCCUCUGCCCUCGGGCACCCGCGGCGAUGGCGGCCAGGGCCACGGGCAGGACAGCCGCAAGCGGGGCAGGAGGAAGCGGGCGUCAGCAGGGACCCCCGGCCUCAGCUCGGGCGUGUCCCCCAAACGCCGGGCCCUGCCAUCUGUCGCCGGCCUCUUCACACAGUCUUCAGGGUCCCCCCUGAACCUCAACUCCAUGGUCAACAACAUUAACCAGCCUUUGGAGAUCACGGCCAUCUCUUCCCCCGAGAGCUCCGUGAAGAGCUCGCCUGUCCCCUACCAGGACAAUGACCAGCCGCCCGUGCUCAAGAAGGAGAAGCCCCUGAGCCAGAGCAACGGGGCCCACUACUCCCCCCUGACCUCAGACGAGGAGCAGGGCUCCGAGGACGAGCCCGGCAGUGCCAGAAUCGAGAGAAAAAUUGCAACAAUCUCCUUAGAAAGCAAAUCUCCUCCAAAAACCUUGGAAAACGGUGGCAGCCUGGCGGGAAGGAAGGCAUCGGCCAGCGAGCCGGUCAACAGCAGCAAGUGGAAGUCCACCUUCUCGCCCAUCUCUGACCUCGGCCUGGCCAAGGCCGCCGACAGCCCGCUUCAGGCCGCCUCCGCUCUGAGCCACAACUCCCUGUUUGCUUUCCGGCCCGGCCUGGAGGAGCCCGGCGCGGCUGACGCCAAGCUCGCCACCCACCCCAGGAAGAGCUUCCCGGGCGCGCUGCCAGGGGCGGGCGGCCUCAGCCCCAGCAGCCACCCCGCCAGCGGCUUCACCCUGGGCGGGGGCCUGGCGGCCGACCUCAGUUUACACAACUUCAGCGAUGGUGCUUCUCUCUCCCACAAGGCCCCCGAGGCGGCUGGCCUGGGCGCCCCCCUGAGCUUCCCCGGCCCGCGGGGCAAGGAGGGCGGCGCUGCAGAGCCCGGCCCCUUCGUGAACAAGAGGCAGCUGGAUGGACUGGGCCCGAAGGGCGAGGGGGGCCUGCCCGCGUGUGGGCCCGCGGACAAGGCCUCGAUGAUGCACGGCAAGGCGGGCAAGGGCCGUGACCGUGAGCCCGACGUCAAGAACGGCCACAACCUCUUCAUGGCCGCCGCCGCUGCCGCCGCCGCCGCGCCCCCCGGGGGCCUCCUCAGCGGCCCGGGCCUCGCCCCGGCGGCGUCCUCAGCGGGCGGCGCGGCCCCAUCCGCCCAGACCCACCGCCCCUUCCUGGGCGCCUUCACCCCCGGCCCGCAGUUCACGCUGGGCCCCAUGUCCCUGCAGGCCAGCCUGGGCCCGUCCGUGCUGCAGUCCCUGUUCAGCUCCGUGCCCGCCGCCGGCCUGGUGCACGUCUCGACUGCCGCCACCAGGCUGACCAACUCGCACGCCAUGGGCAGCUUCUCCUCCGGGGUGGCCGGCGGCGCCGUUGGAGGUGUCUUUAACCACGCGGUGCCUCCCGCCUCCGCUCAUCCGUUUGGAGCCAGUUUCGGCAGUGGGGCUGCGUGUCGCAGCGCCACGCUGAGCUUAACCCCGCUGCAGGCGGUGGCCAGCACCCCGGCCUCUUCCUUUCAGGCCGCGUCCUCUGCGGAGCCGAGGCUGCCCCCGCCCCCUCCGCACCUGGGCCGGCCCCCUCCGGGGCAGCCCGCCCUCCACGCACCCCCCCCUCCUAACGCCGCCUUGCCUCCUCCCCCCGCGCUGCCCCCGGCUAACUCCGAGCCCGCGCUUCUGCAGAGCCUCGCGUCCCUCCCGGCUAACCAAGCUUUCUUACCCGCCUCCUCUGCCGCCUCUCUGCCGCCUGCUAACGCCUCUCUGUCCAUCAAGCUCGCCUCCCUCCCACACAAGGUGUCCCGGCCCUCCUUCACGGUGCACCACCAGCCCCUGCCCGGGCUGGCCCUGGCCCAGGCCGCGCCCGGGAUCCCGCCGGCCAGCUCCACGGGGCCGCCCGCCGUGUGGGUUUCCCUUGGCAUGCCGCCUCCGUAUGCCGCGCGCCUUGCGGGGGUUAAGCCGCGAUAAAGACCUUGCUUAGCUAGCAGUUCGUAUUCUGUAAGGUAAGGCUAGAGCCCGACCGGGCGGCCCGUACGAGAACCUGAAUUGUCCUUCCCUUUGCAGAGAGCAGGCGGGCCCGCAGGGCUCGGUGGAGGGGCCCAGGGGCCGAGGCUGCGCUCCUGGGGCCGGGAGGUGCGCAGGCAGAGAGCCAGGGAGGCGAGGGAACGGGGCGGCCUGAGCGCGCCUGAGCUCGGGGCAGGGCGAGGCGGGCCCUCCCCGCGGGUCGCCUGGCGAGGGGACCAGGAGGAAUUGAACGAGGCUGACGUCCUGGCCCGUCGAGCCCAGCUCAAGCUUGCCGCCACCCUAGGCUUGGUGUCCGCAGCAGCCAGGGAUCCGGGCAGCUCCCGUGUGGGGUCGUGGGGGCGGCUCAGAAGCCCAGCUCUGCCUGUGUACGCUUCUGCGCCCCUCAGCCCGUUUCCUUGAACACGCCCCGUAGUGUUUUAGGUAAACUCAACGCAUGUAAGGCCCCUGGUACACAGCACGUCUUUAAAAGCUGGUGGCUGUCUGUUGGGCUCCUUAGCUAGAGGACCUGCCUGCAGGGGCUGAUGGGCAGCGGGCUGAGCGCGGCACCAGCCACAGGAGGAGUGCCGGGCUUGUGGGCAGUGCCCGGUACUUGUGGCCGAGGCCUGGCUCCUCCCGCCUCCGGAAGGCACCAUCAGUGUGGGGUCCGUGGAGACAAGCGUAGGAAGGGCCCGCCUUUGGGAGCUGGGUGGAGCAGGUGUCCGCAAGGCCUCCAGGGAGGAUCCCUGUGCCCUCUGCUGGCUGCAAGGCAACAUUAGCUGGGCCCGGUGCCGCUGGCCCGGCCACUGCUACCGCCACGUCCACAUCCCCGGGGUCCAGGACCGGAGCAGAAACGGCACUGGGGCCGGGCUGGGGGGUCUAGCCUGCCGUCCUUGGAUGUCUGUUGUGUGUUUAAGUGGAAACAGAUGGGAGGCCGCUGGAGUGACAGCCUCCUGGUCAGGUUGCAGGCCAGCGGACAGCCUUACCCGAGGCCGGGGGAUGGGCUGUGCCUCGGUUGUUGGAAAAGCCCAGAAGGUAGGGUGGCUUAGUGUGCAGUGGCCUCACGCCAUCAGAGGAGCUUGGAGAGGGCAGACGUGCACGUGGCGGUUGGGGGUCAGGCCCACAGUGGACCCCGCCCCGUCCUGGCUGGGCCGCCCUCACUCCCGGGGAGCGUGGCCCAGCGUGGGGACCGGGGACGGGAGGAGAGGAGGCCAGGACCCGGCCAGCGCCCCACACACACUGCAAGGGCCGGGCUUGGGGUCCUGCCACCACCACAUCCGUCUCCGUCGGUCCGUCUGUAGGCAGCUCUGGCUCCCUGGCCUGGGGGCGCGUCUGGCUGGCGCGGGCGCGAGGCUGACGCUGCGCUGCCUUUCCUCCCACGCCGUGUCCGCAGGUAACUAGGAUUUCUACCUCAACCGCGAGACUAUGCAAGGACGGGGCUGGCCGGCGGCGCGGGGCCCCCCGCGGGACGGAGAGGACGGACGGAGGCCCGAGGACAGGCUCUACUGUGAACGCGUGCCGCACAGGCCUGCGCAGACGGCUCGCUGGGGCCUGGCUCCAGCCUGUACUGUCGAUAGUUUUAGAUAAAGUAUUUAUCGUUUUUUAAAAAGUAUAAACAACUUUGACUUAUUUUAUUCCACCGAAGUCGUAAAGGCAACCUAUUGAGAGAUGUAGAUACUAUAUAUGAGAGGAUCUAUAUAAAGACAUCGCCGAAGGACCGGCCCACCGCGGAGAUGCCGCCAGCCGGCCCGGUGCUAUCUCGUCGCCAGGCUCGCGCCUCCACGUGCUCUUGGUGCUGACUCUCGAGGUUGACCACGCCAACGCCAGGCCCUGACGCCUGCCCUAUUUAUUCCCGCCGUUCUUCCUAUACCAAAGGCCCCGUCUCCGGGCUGAGGCCCGCCCCGCCAUCACUGUGAACGGCCUCGGCUCAGCCCUCGGCCGGGAUCGCGCCUUUGGCAUAGGAACGGCGGUCCUGCGCAGCCAGGCCGCGGCGGCGGCGCCUCGUGGAGGGGACCCGCUGUGAGUGGUGCUCGUAAGGAGGGUCUGGUACCCGCCUCUGCUGCCCGGCGGCUUGUGUGACAAGUGCAUUUACUUUUGUACGUCUCCGCUCGCCCUGGGCUCACGCCGCAGCCCACCCUGUGAAGGGUGGCUCCUGUGGUGGCCGGGGACGCGGGCGGGCCAGUCGUGGGUGCCUGGUGUGUCUACAGGGGAGUCACGCUGACGGGUGACAGUAUUUUAUAGAGAUGUGAUGAAAAUUUAUAAAUUUCAUAGACUUGACUUCAUUUAUUUUUAGAUUGUAUGAAUACACAGUAAACUAAAGAGAAAGAGGAAGAAAAAAAAGUGAGGGGAAACCUCCCUGUCUAUUUAAGUGCACAGCGGCACUAGCCCCGGGCCCGCCCGCCCGCCACCCUGCAGCCAGGGUGACACCUGCCCCACCUGAGCGGCCACGGUGGUGCCUGGGAAAGGAUGUGCUGGGGGUGGCCGGCCAGCAGGGCUCUCAGCCCCUCCAGCACAGCGUCUGUGGGCGGCCCUGGGUCCCGGGGCCCUGCGUGCAGCAGUGUUGUCUGUGUGCCUCUUGGCCCCCAAAAGGGCCGG